CUUAGGGGCGUUUCCAGGAAGAAAGUGGUUACAUUUUCCUGUAAUGGCGGACCAGACAGACACCGAGACUAUCGGGUUCAGCGAUAACAGGUCAGAUACAUUAAAUAUAUGGUGUCAAAUAUGGAUUUAACGACGUCUGAUUUUAAGCAUUGACUGUAUCUCUAAAGGAAGAGAGCAGAGUUGUUUCUAGCUGAAUCAGGAGGUUUUAUCUUUGCAUGUAGCCACGUUAGCACGCUAGCUUUGCUCCGGACUGCCGAGUGGCUGUUUCUGUGGCACGCGGUAAACAGAGACACUUAGAUCAGACACAGGCUGAUGUUUUCACCUCCACGGGGCUUCAUGGAGAUACAUCUGUCCAUUUACCCUGAAAGUUUCUCUGAUCUGCGCUUCCUGCAUUGUUAACGUCUGUUUGCUAGUUAGCUAAGCUAUGCUACAUGCAUUAGUAGGCAUGGGCACACACACACACACACACACACACACACACACACACGCACACACACGCUGUGUCUUAACCAGCUGGUUGGAUUGUGCAAAGAGGAGUUCAAAUAAUGAGUGUGUGUAAUAUUGUGUAGAUCUGUUACCAUCAAGAGAAACAUGUAUAUGAGCAGGUUAUUGGAAGUCAAUGAAUUUGCAGAGUCGAAAUAUUGCCCAAUCAAACAGAGGAAAUUGCAUCACUAACAUAAUAGCAACGUCGUAUGAAGUUUGAGUAGUUUUAGGUAUAGUAUUAUGAACCUUAAGGAAACUCCAUUCAGAAGCUCCACCUUAGAGAAACCUCCAGAGUGACUUAAAAUUACAAUAGACCUGAUCUCAUUCACAACUUUGUGACUAUUACACUGAUAAAAAGUAGGGCUGGGCGAUACGUGAAAAAGUUUAUCACAAUAAAUUUUUCAUAUAAGUCGAUAUCGAUAUAUAUCAUGUUAUAAAAGAUUACAUUUAACAGUGUUUAUUGGUAGCAUGUCUUUUGCAGUUCAAUAAGUUACUGCAUAUGUGAGGUCUUUGUAUCUCUUUGACGUUUUGGUUGCGCUAGAGAAAGCAGACUGAAUGGUCGGCUGUUUCAGUUGCACAGGCGCCAUGAGUUCCUUGCUCCACUCAGGAUUUGUAUUCAUAGACUGUAUAUAGAAUGGACGCCGUCUGCCUCCUCGCUGGGUGAAGCCACCGAGAGAACAGCACCCUCUGGUGACGGGCUGCAGUAUAGGUCAUAAAUCCCGCCUCCUCCUGCAAUCCCUAUGGAGCUGUGGACAAACUUUAGAAGUUAAUUACACAUAAUAUAAAUUUUUCUACCCCUGGUUGUGAUGUUGACAUGUAGUUACUGUCAGACUGCUUUGUGUUCAAGUCCUCUUUUUUCUGUACAGCUCCAUUUUUAAAAGUUAUUAGGGGGUUCAUGUUUUCUAUGAUUUGCACUUGAUACAGCCUAUGGUUGCACAAGGAUUGCGUAGCUCACCAGGGGGAUAUGCUGUUUGAGCCAAGUGUCAUCACAGUGACUCUCCCACCGAAUGACUACUGCGCAAUGUUGGUUUUAUGGAAGUUGUCCAUAAUAUAUACAGUCUAUGUUUGUAACCUUUUGCAUUGCGUGUGCUGUGCCGCGUGGCACUGCUUCAGGUGGUGAAAAAGGUUUGAGAUAUUCCUUGACUUAACGAGAACAUGUACUCAACAUUACUCUGCUUCAUGUCUGACCUAAAAAAAACUAAAUACCUCCCCACCACAGACAUUUUAGGUGAUGACGAUGUCAUCAUCUGUUGAGUCUUCAUCUGCAUUUCUGUCGGGGGUAGCACUCAUUGUCUUUUUUUUCUCACCGACAGUGCUGUCAGCUUCACGUGUUAAAGUGCUAUAUUUGCGUGUAGCUGCAGCCUGCUACUAUGCAGUUGUUUGCUACUUGGUUCUAAUUCAGCACAUGAUAGGUUCAACGUGAAGCAGCAACUCCCCUUUUCAUUGGCUAUUCAUAUAGUCUACCAAAACAUGACUAUUGAAAAGCAUAUUGACCAUGUUUUAUAUUGAUAUUGAGGAAAAUUAAUUUUCGAUAUAUCGUUAUCGUUUUAUCGCCCAGCCCUACUUUGAAGCUUUACCUGUAAUAAUGUAAAAUAGUUUUGAACCAAACAGCGUAGAUCUCUUGAACAAUGAUUGCAUGGAUUUUGAGGUUGUAUACAAUGAUCUCUCGAUGAAGCCGUUAGUAAUUUAUGUUUUCACCUUAUGUAAUAGAAUGGCGCAGCAGGCAGUGCGGUUUCGCGGACCUGCGCCUACACCUGCACCUGCACCCGCACCUGCACCGGCUCCCACUCCCACUCCAGCCCCAGUGUUGAGAGGCCCACCACCACUCCUUAGGCCACCGCCACCACCUUUUGGGAUGAUGAGGGGACCCCCACCGCGACCCCCGUUUGCACGUCCACCUUUUGACCCCAACAUGCCGCCAAUCCCACCACCAGGAGGCAUGCCACCACCUAUUGGACCUCCUCACUUACAGGUUACAAGUUCUCCAUCUUCAUAUCUAGUAUGUGCUGUUUCUUGCAGGUUGGGGGCUAAACUCACUUCACUUUAUCUGUGGGGAUGGUGUUGAUAGCAUGUGAAUGAGUGAUUUCAGUGAACGCAGAUGAUGCAUGUUUUUUUAUCAGCUGUUCUUUAAUGAAGGAAAAUUGAGUAAAACAAUGGAAGUUGACUACAAAAUCAAAUCCUUAAAUCAAACUUAGAUGUCGACUUAUAUCUGGUUCAAUGAUCAGGGAAUGUGUCAUCACUUGUGUGGCUGAAAUAUCUGGGGGUUCCCUUUAUACUGGAAUUUAAAGUGUUCGUUAAAAACCUUACUAACAAAGGUAUGUUUGGUUUUGAGUGUUUAUUAAGAAGUCUCCUUCAGAAAAAUAAUCCUGAAUUUGUUUCUGAAUCCAUAUCAGUGGAAGUGCAACCAUCUGGCAGGCAGGGUCCUCAAACAAACUGUCCACAAAGCGAGCUUUUGUGGUGUCUGUGAUGAAAAACAUCAUUUAUUUCUUAACAAGACACAUCAUAGCUGGCGUAGUUGGAGAAGGACAUGAAUAGCACACUUUCAUAAUCUCUUAAGCAUCGCUCGUAUUUGGUUCUCUCAAGAUGGUUCAAUAUUUGGUGAAGGACUCCUAAAAGGUCACCUGAAAUGUGAACGCUAGUUCUGUGUUUCCUGCAGAGACCUCCGUUCCUUCCCCCACCUAUGGGGAACUUGCCGCCUCCUCCAGGGAUGCUGUUUCCUCCAGGGAUGCCCCCAAUACCCACAUCUGGAACCCCAACACUCAACCCUACAGAGGAGAUUUGGGUCGAGAACAAGACACCAGAGGGAAAGGUAUACCAGAAGUUGUAAAUCAGCUAUUGUUUGCACUUUAAAACAGGUUCAAAACUAACCCACUGACUGAUCUAAUGUUUGCUUCUACAGGCUUAUUAUUAUAACGCCAGGACCAGAGAGUCAUCGUGGAGCAAACCUGAUGGUGUGAAGAUCAUCCAGCAGUCUGAGCUAAACCCUCUACUGGUAGGCGGGGGCGGAGCAACAGGGCCGGGUGCAAGUGUGGGGGUGACGGCAUCUGUUAGCUCGAGCAGUGUCAACACUACAGCGAGUACAGCAACAGCUGCCUCCUCCACUCAGGGCCCAUCUACCACUCCCACCCGCACACUCACCUCCAGUCCGGACUCCACCUCUUCCCCUUCUCCUGCUGCGACCAUUGCAGGUUAACACCACACUGUUGACUCCAGUUGAGUUAAAGUUACAAACACAUGAUCACGCACUUAAAGAGACUAAAACUAUUGUUGUCCUUUCUUUUUUCCCCUCAAAGCCACCGUUGUAGCAGACCUGAACUCCAUUGCCACAGUGACCUCAACCGUUGCUGUGUCUCCUGUCACCGUGGUCACCGUUUCCACGGUGCCGUCACCCGUUACAGCAGUACAGACCGUGCCUCUGCUACCUGCAGCUCUGCCUCACAGUGUGGCCCAGCCUACUGCAGCCAUACCUGCCUUCCCCCCUGUCAUGGUGCCACCUUUCAGGGUGCCCCUGCCAGGCAUGCACAUCCCUCUGCCAGGUAAGAGAACACCUGAAGACAAUUACCAGCUGCUGUCACUAGGCCACAUCUUUUCAAGGUUGUAGAGCUGAUGAAACUUUAGGUAACUACAGAUUAAGUUCAUUCAACAUUCGUAUCCUCACAACUGCACAGAUUUCCCAAUUGAAAGACAAAGGAAGUGACACAUUAGAUUGGACCAUAUCAGCUGUUUUCCUUGGAAGUCACACUCGGGGUGGGAAGCUUGAAUGUCAAUUACUAAAAUUUUCCAAACUGAAAAGAUAAAACACACCAAAGAGGAUUUAAUCUGAAAAUUUAGAGAGACGAUCCGGCCACAUUUCAGGUUAAAAACGAGGUUUGGUUUAGCUAAUUCCGAGCUUAAGUUUAAGCUUAAGAGAAGCGUAGUUUGAUUCUGGGUUUUCACACUUAACUAGAAUCUGUCAAUAUAAAGUAAGGUAAGAAAUGAUGGAUAUAAUAAUAAUAACUUUAUAAUAACUUUAUUUAUACAGCUUUUUUAACGAACAGAGGUUUACAAAGUGCUUUGACAAACAGUCGUAACACAUCAGCACAUGGAAAUAAAAACAAAAAUCAAAAGCUCAGUUUAAAACAAGGCCUCUAAACUGAAGGCCAAUAUCAUUUGUCAUAAGGAACCCAGACAAUACAAGAACCUACAACAAAAAGUGAGACCAUGAGGACCAAAAUAAAAACUAAAAAUAGGUGAGAAGAAGAAAUGUAAUUAAAAAGAAGGGGGUAAGAAAGCAGGAAACAGGAUAUUAAAUAUAAAAAGACGAUAUUGUAUUGAGGUUGUGACUCUGAAGCUCUGUCUUUAAGCUCCUCUGUCGUCUUAAAUGAAGACUUUUGUGAAACUUACUCCUUUUCACAUUUAGACGAGCUUGUUGAUCAGCUCUGAUGGUACGAAGAUAAAUGUAACAGAUCUUUUAUUGUUAUGUUUUUAUGGCGAUAUGGUACAGUGGGAAAUGACAUGCAGUAAAGAGUCCUGGCAGUCUGCUUUGUAGACUGUGGUCUCUGAACACAGGAUGCAUGGUCUACUCUACAUGUACUGCUCAAACUACCCAUCCUAAGUGUGAUUUCAUCAGAAAACAGCUCUGAAAAUAUGGUCUAUAAUUAGAAUAACUACACCAAAAAAUAGCAAACAUAACUGUGAAAUGUUUAGGUUUACCUUAAGUAAUUGAAUUUUGAUUUUUCUAGAUAGCAUUGGCUCAUAUUUUUAUAACCCGCGUUGUUUAAAAUAAGCAACAUCAAAUUGAAAUCAGACAUUUAGCUUUUUCAAACCUCACCCUGUUAGUGUGGCUCUAAAGUGUGAUGUUUAUUUCAGGUUUAUGAGCCAACCUGAAAAGUAAUCGUGCACACUCUUGACUCUGAAUCCUGGCUUCCAUGUCAGGCUCCUUUUUUAUUCAUCAGGGUUAGAGGGUAGUUACUCGAAAGUUUGAUAAAUGUCACAGUUCUCACAUUAACAUUUGAAGUCUUUGAGUGGAGCUGCUUCAGUUUAGGCCAAGGCCAAGGGAAACGUCCCUUCAGUCUUGUGUGUUUUCUUCAGGCUCUUUUCUUCUCCACUGUCAUGUGUCCUCUGUGAUUCCUCCUCUUUCCUGUCUGUCCCUCAUUUCUACUUGACUCAAUCAAAAUAGAUUUAGAUGGAGUUAGAGUUCAAUUGGGAGAUGAUUCGGAGAACAAAUGUCAGACUGAGAAUUGUUUGGAGGCCUUUGAGAAUUUACUGAUCCAACACGAGUGCACUCACACUUUCAGGCGCUCCUUCACCUUUUCUAUUGUACACAUUAGGGCUGGGCGAUAUGGCCUCAAAUCAAUAUCACGAUAUAUUGAGCAGUUCACCUCGAUAACAAUAAAUGGACGAUAACUACUCCGCAAGCUGCUCACCCCCUCCCACAUUAACUUCAUCUAUUUCAGCCGCCGCUCCAACCGUCCUCCAAAACCAACUUUUUAAUAUAUUUUUUUGUACUUACUUUGAACUUUUUUGAUCCUGAAUAAAUUGACAUGGGCCAAAUGACGUCGUCGUCGUUUUCUUCUGCCUCAUCCUGGUCCGGGUCACGGGGGCAGCAGCUUCAGGAGGGAGGCCCAGACGGCCCUCACCCCAGCCACUUCCACCAGCUCCUCUGUGGGGAUUCCCAGGCGCUCCCAGGCCAGGUGAGAGAUAUAAUCCCUCCACCUGGUCCUGGGCCUGCCACGAGGUCUCCCCCCGGUGGGACAUAUCUGGAACACCUCUAACGGGAGGCAUCCAGAAGGCAUCCUAACCAGAUGCCCGAGCCACCUCAGCUGACUCCUCUCGACGUGGAGGAGCAGUGGUUCUACUCUGAGGGCCUCCAGAGUGUCCGAGCUCCUUACCCCAUAUCUGAGGCUGAGCCUGACCACCCCGCGAAGGAAACCCAUUCCGGUCGCUUGUAUCCAUGAUCUUGUUUUUUCGGUCAUUACCCAAAGUUCAUGACCAUAGGUGAGGAUCGGUAAAUCGAGAGUCUCGCCUUACAGCCCAGCCCUUUCUUCACCACGACUGAUCGGUUAAGCGUCCGCAUCACUGCUGACGCCGCUCUGAUCCGCCUGUCGAUCAUCCUACCCUCACUGGUGAACAAGAUCCCGAGAUACUUGAACUCCUCCACUUGAGGCAGGACCUCCCCUCCGACCUGGAGAAGGCAAUCUACUUUUUUCCGACCAAGGACCAUGGCCUCGGACGUGGAGGCGCUGAUUCAGACGUCGUCGGUUGUUGAUAUAAAUUUUAGUAUCAGUAAAUUUUCACUUUAUCGCCCAGUCCUAGUGCACAUGAUGAUUAAAAACAGUCUGAAACGGCCUCCAAAUAAGUCUUGGUUUGCAAACCUUCUGCACACUGCACAUACUUCAAUCAUGUCUGAAAACAAGAUAACUGUGCGCUGCUCAGUUCUGCUGAAUUUGGGCGUGUGAAUGUCUGAGUGGGGCCACACACACAAACUCUCACACACCAUGGUUAGUUGAUGUCCAGUGUCUUGCUGUCCUCAACCAGAUGCUUGCUUGUCCGUUGUUCUUGCAGGUGUAGCAAUGAUGCAGAUAGUAGGUGCACCCUGUGUAAAGGCAGGCCCCAGCGCUAACGGUAAACACCCAUCCGCUUGCCUUUCAGACCUCCAGUAGAUGGCAUGGUAGUGAAUGUUUACAUGAGUCAUUUGAUAUACAUGGAAACCUCUGAACCGUGGCAUGACCCUGACUGCUGUGAACAUAUCCACCCUGAUCAACAGGAGUGAGAGACACAGAAAAUACAGCUUGAUAACUUUAUAUGUUUUUAUAUGAUCAUAUUAAAGAUAUUCUUGAUUAGUCCACGAGGCGUACCCCCUAAGACAGUAUCUAUUAAAACACUUGAUAAAGAAGUUAAUUGGAUAAUUAGCUGAAGUCCACUUGCAGCGUAUACAAAAUAUGAAUUGUUAAAACUAGUGUGUGUGUUUGUGCGUUUGAUCUGGGCCAAAGGUGAAGCAAAAGUUACACACAAUUUAAACGCAAAGAGCAUCCUUUAAACUCGUUCGCUGUAACGAAACCACAAAAAUGUCUGAAUUUUGGCUUCAUAAUGCUUUAGACUUCAGUAACUCGCUAAGCACAGUGGAGCUACAUCAGGGGUUUAAAUCCAGGCGGUCUGCAGCUCUCAGGUAUUUGGAGUUUAUCUCCUCUACCCACUCCUCAGGUCAGCCUCAAGUGGUUGGGAGCAGCAUUAAAGGUACUCUAGACACAGGAGUCUUACUUUGCACACCUUUAGGAUAUUUAGAAAACUCGACAUUAAAGCGCCAUCAAACCUAGACGAGUAACCUAAGGCAAAAAUCUGCUUUUAGUUGGUAUGCAUACAUACUUUAAAACUCAGCAUCUGAAUUGUGUCUCUCUGAACUUAGGUCAGUCAUUCGAACUUCUUCUUUGCGGAUUGAGAAAGAGAGACCCUCCUGUUACAGCUGCUCUCACCUGCUUGAGAUUCGGUCCUUUUUCAGUUUUUGUGGUCAUGUGAUCGUCUUUUAUUUGUGGCAUGGUUGUGUGUGAGGUCACUGACUUUAUUUGUUUGUGUAUGUGGCCUGUGUUUGUUGUCAAUCAGUGAACAGCUUUUAUGGAGAUGAUUUUUUAUUUUGACUUCUCUCCCAAAGUGGUUGCAGUGUUUCCCACAAAACAACGGUAUCCUCGCGGUAAUGAGAUGCCGGCUGGAAGAGGGAUGUUUAGAUUUGAGGAAAAACUUAAAAACAUUUAUUGCAGGGGAGAAAACCAUGUUACUAAAAAAUCUGAAUUCCAUAUUUUCUGACAUAGAAACAUGCUGGUUUUUAAAUAAGGGGGGAGAAAUAAACUGGAAGGUGAUAGGAGAGUUGGAGCAGGACAAUGUGAAGACACAGAGUUUCCAAGUGUCUGUGUCGAGCUCAGCCUGGUGUUUUAAAUUGGCUGCAGUGCUCCAUGUUAGGUGUAUAUAUGGAUUAAAUAACAGGCUGCAUAUGUGCUUGAUUAUCAGUUUCCAUGUAUCUCUGUAACCACCAACCAUGUAACUAACCUAAAUGUCUAGAUAUAUCCACCUCUAGGAAAUCGUUGAUAAUGGAUUUUUGAUUGAUGGACAGGUAUCGUCUAUGUGUGGGAAACACUGACUCGUAUUUCAAUCAUGCGUACAGUAAUUCAUCCCUCAAUCUAAUAAUGAACCUCUAGGGAAAUGCUAACAGGGAAAGCCCCUAUUUAAGUAGCACUUAAUAAGCGUUUUACUCCUCUGAUGAAGCUGUCUGUCUCACUUCUGUUUUUGCUAAUACUGCGUGUUUUUUUUAUCUCAAGGGGGCAGUCCAGAAAAUAACAUCUCAAAAGUGGAAACUAAUGCCUUUCCAGAGUUUAGUUCACUGCUAAUACUUUUUUUUUUUUCUUUUUUGCUCAGAUAGCGAGAGAAAAUUCUCAGCCAAUCAUUGUCUACCUUCUUCUUCUUUGUCUGAUGACAGGCAUGCUUCCUGGCAUGGGUCCACCUUUAGUGUCCAUGAUGCACCACCCACAGCUGGCUCUCUCUGCAGCUCCUGCCUCCAUGGCCGGCUCAUUACAGUUGCCCGAGUGGUCAGAGUACAAAACAGCUGAUGGGAAAACGUACUACUACAACAAUCGAACACUGGAGUCCACCUGGGAGAAACCGCAGGCCCUGGUGGAGAAAGGUACUCGAGGUUUGAUCUACAAAGCCGGGGCUGUUUAUUAAAAACUCAGAUUGGUGAAACGUUUCCACCUGCUCAUCCAUUCACAUCAGUCCUCUCUUACAAAUGUUCAUUGACAGGUUUAAGCGUAAUACAAAGCUGACUUUGUUACAGUCCAGUGUCUUACGGUGUCGAUUGUGUCUCUUUCGCCCAACAGAAAGGGAAGCAGAAAAGUUGAAGGAGCGUCUGGCCCAGGAGGAAGCCGAGGCGAUGGAGAUGGAGGAUGAAGAGAACAAAAUGGAAAACGCUAAUAAUGAGAAGGAGGUUAGUGAAAAGUCAAUUUACAAGGUUGAAUUGAACCUUAAAAAUGCGACAAGACUUUUGGUGUAUAAUUAAUAGGUUUACUUAGUAGAAAAUUAAGCUGUGUGAAAUCUGAAAAAUGGGAAUUUUACUGCUCUGUAGCAUUUUAGGUAUAACAGUCAACAUAUGCGGGUGAAACCAAUUUGAUAAUUCAGGUUUUUUUUUGUAAUGUCCUGUGUUCCCUUAGUCGAGCUUUAAGAUUCCUGAUUUAAAAUCGACUGUGCAGUUUUAUCCCACCUUGAGCAAGACUAACGUAAACCGAUACAACAAAGCAUCAGUAGCAUUAAUUUAUCUACUGAUCUGUUGCAAAAUUGCUGAGCCUGGGAGGUGACAUUAACCUGCCUUUUUUUAAUUUGCACACGCGUUUUAAUAUAGCGCAGGUGCAAUUUAACUGUUCGUUAAUAAACAAAAUCCUUUCCUGCAAGUCUGAAUAUCGCCAACGGCAAAGUCACUGUGCUUUAAGGAUCCUAAUAAAGUGUCAGCUACUCAAAACAAUACCAAAUGUGGCUGAACUAUAAAGUAUCUCUUUGUGAGUCAUACCUAAAUGACAGAAAAUGUUGAUAAUAAGCUCUCUGCCUAUGAUUUUCUUUUAUUUUUUCAAAUUUUUAUUUAUUUAUUUAUUUUUUGUUUAUUUUAUUUUAACAAUUUUUUUAAAUUUUUUAAUUUUAAUUCUUUUGUUUAUUUAAAAAAAAAAAGUUUAUUUGUUUUAAUUUUAAUUUUUUUGUUUAUUUUUUUGAAUUUUUUUGUUUAUUUUUUUUAUUUGAAAUUUUUUUUGUUUAUUUAAAAAAAAAUGUUUAUUUUUAAUUUUAACGUUUUUCCAUUUGUUUUUUUUUGUUUUUUUUGUUUUGUUUAUUUUUUAAGUUGUUUUGUUUAUUUAUUUUUUAAAUGUUUUUUGUUUAUUUGUUUUUAUUUUAAUUUUUUUUGUUUAUUUUUUAAAAUCUUUUGUUUAUUUGUUUUUAAUUUUUUAACUCUUACAUGCACUGAAACCUGUCGGCUCUGAUGAGUGAGUGAGUGAGUCAAUUUUCUGUCUUUAUGUUUCAAGGAGCCUAAAGAGGAGGAGAUGACCGAGGAGGAAAAAGCAGCACAGAAAGCGAGGCCUGUAGCCACCAACCCGAUCCCGGGCACGCCAUGGUAUGCAUACAAAAAUCUCUGCUGUCCCCCUGUCUCUGUCUCCACUUCACUGAAACAACUCUCAGGUCAUCUUUUCUUUCUCUCGUGCCUGACCUUGAAUCCUCCUCAGGUGUGUGGUAUGGACGGGUGACGAUCGUGUCUUCUUUUACAACCCGACGACACGGCUGUCCAUGUGGGACCGACCGGAGGAGCUGGUGGGUCGGGCUGAUGUGGAUAAGCAUAUUCAGGAGCCGCCGCACAAGAGGGGCCUCGAGGACAGCAAGAAGACAGGUGAAAACACAAGCGCAAAUAUGAACGUGAAAUCAAGUCAUUAACUCAUUCAGUGCCAGGUUCGGUAGGUCCGGUACUGGGAUCUCCACUGGAUCCAGAGACGGUAGCACCGUGCCCACGGGAUCUGAUGCGCCGAGACUGUUAGCUCUUGGCUAUUCACUUCGGCAUUUUCCUACUCUCCUCGUAGAGCAAAAAAAAUUCCACAACUAGGCUAAUGGGCACACUUGAUGGCGCACUUUUCACUGGCGAGUUCUUGUUUUUGUUAUUGUACCAUGGUUGUGACAUAUUUGUCGGCUUUUCUGCGCUCAGAACGACCCCAAACUUAGUCGCGGAAAACAAAAAAACUGAAAACUUCGUCCAAAUCCGUCAACGGCACUGAAUGAGUUAACAGGAUGAAAUUUUGGUGGUUAUUUGAAUUAAUUUCAACUUAAAAUAACACAAAAACAAGAUUUAGAGAUUUAUAAGUGCAUGAAUGCUGCUGUCGUUUUAAAAACAUGUGUGGAUUACCGUUUUUAAUGUUUGUGCGCAGUUGUCAAUAAGGAAGAGCCAGAGCUAACCAUUGCUACUGAAGAGACCCCAGAUGAAGAGCCAACCAAAGCCAAGAAGAGAAAGUGAGUCAUGCAGCACAGCUGAGAUUUAAGAAACCCUUUUUUUAAAGAUCCGAUAGUUCAUGAUCAAUCGUACUUUGUUGUAUUGCUUCGUUGUUCAUGCCUCGUUUUGUCCUGCUCCGGUGACCCUUGUGCUUCCACCCUCGCAGGAAAGAGGACGGGAAGGAGCCGGACUCUGAGAAGGAGGCGGCGAUGGAGGCAGAACUCAGAGCUGCCAGAGAACGGGCCAUUGUUCCACUGGAGGCUCGGAUGACUCAGUUUAGAGAAAUGCUGCUGGAGAGAGGGGUAACACUGACUUUCUGCUGGAGCUCCAACACAACAUUUAAAACAUUCAGUAAAUUCUUCAGUAAACAGCUUCAGCAAGCCCAAGAUGGACCAGGAAAAUGGUUUUAUUUUUGAUAUUGGAGUAUAAACGAUGAGUUAUAUCUACAGGUUGCAUGAAUGCAGCUUCUCUGUUUGUCUGCCUAACGCCAGCGUUUUCUGUCUUACUCAAAGGUGUCUGCGUUCUCCACCUGGGACAAAGAGCUUCAUAAGAUUGUCUUCGACCCGCGUUACCUUCUGCUCAACCCAAAAGAGAGAAAACAGGUCCAGCUUCUACUCUCUCUUUCACUCAUUCCCCAAAUCCUCCCAGCGUGAUGCAGCGUGUAAAACCCUGAAUUUGUACGUGUUUCCAUUUGAAGGUGUUUGAUCAGUAUGUUAAGACGCGAGCUGAGGAAGAGAGAAAGGAGAAGAAGAACAAGCUGAUGCAGGCCAAAGACGAGUUCAGGAGGAUGAUGGAGGAGUCGAAGCUCACAGCUAGGUAAAGGGACAGGCCAGUUUGACUACUGGUAGGUUCUGAUCUGUGUUUUAAGGGAUGAUAUAACACAAAAAUAGGCGUGAACCAUAAUAUUCUAUAUUGUAAUAGAAACUUUUCACUUCAUAAUUAUCACAACUUUUUAAUUCAUCCGGGAGGUUUGGUGUUUACAGAUUUGUGAUGAUGUAAACAUUCACAGUUUGAUAAAUUUCACACCAGCCUCGUAGAAAAGAUCUAAACAUCCUUUUUUUCCCAACAGAACAACGUUUAGUGAGUUUGCUGUGAAGCACGGCAGAGACCCGCGAUUUAAAACCAUCGAGAAAAUGAAGGACAGGGAGGCCAUCUUUGUGGAGUUCAUCACCGCCAUGAGGAAGAGAGAAAAAGAGGACUCUAAGUCCAGAGGAGAGAAGGUAAGAAGAGGCUUUGACACUUAAACACACUGUACUCCUUUUUAAAGGGAUAUUCUGGUGUAAAUUAAAGUUAUGGUCAAACACACUGUAACACCGAGUUAGACACCCCCUCCAGAGCUGAAUGUUGCCGACCACUUGCUUCUCUAGUUACACCAACUUUACCGCAGGAUAGCAAUACACAGUGGUCUACGUCUUCACGCGCAAACCUCAACCAAAACGCCACUCUAUAGCCACAAAUAAUGAUCGGAACAGCAACUAACUUCAUCAACAGUACAUACAGGGUCCCAGCCAUAGUACUAGCCAUCAAACAUCUUUUUAGCUUUGCCUGAUUUCUUCAGCAAAGUGACCAAAUACGACUCACCCACUCUCCUCCAGCAGCCACUUGUUUGUGGGGGGAGUCCUAUCGAGUCGAGCCCUAACUUCAUUAACAGUACAUAUAGGGUCCUAGCCAUACUACUAGCCAUCAAACAUCUUUUUAGCUUUGCCUGAUUUCACAGAGUGCAGUGGAUCAUUUCCUUGAAGUGCAGCGGAGUUUCACAGCUCAAGGAAGAACAUUUAUGAUCAUUUCUUCAUCAUUUCCUUGAAGUAAUAAUCACCAUAUUAAUCAUUUUGCACUGCAGACGCGGUAGUUCUUCUGUCUUAGCGUCUCGGUCUGAUUGUAUUUCCAUGAAGUAAUGGUCAUAAAUGUUCUUCCUUGAGCUGCGAAACUCCGCUGCACUUCAAGGAAAUGAUCCACUGCACUCUGUGAAAUCAGGCAAAGCUAAAAAGAUGUUUGGUGACUAAUACUAUGGCUGGGACCCUAUUUGUACUGUUGAUGAAGUUAGGUGCUGUUCUGAGCAUUAUUUGUGGCUAUAGAGUGGCGUUUUGGUUGAGGUUUGUUUAUGGCUCCUUAGACCGCUGUGUAUUGCUAUCGUGCGGUCGUUAAUAAAGUUGGUAUAACUAGAGAAGCAAGCGGUCGGCAACAUAAAUCUUUCGAGGGGGUGUCUAACUCAGUGUUACGGUGUGUUUGACCCAAAUUAAAUUUACGCUGGAAUAUCCCUUUAACCAGGAACGAAUAUUUGGUUCUCUUGGUGUCACCUUGACACUGAACAUCUGCCCUGCUUUGAAGAAUGUGUCUCUGAUUAUGAUCUGACUUUUUCACUCAGGUGAAGCAGGAUUUCUUCGAUCUCGUGAGUGAGCAGCACAUAGAGGGAGGUCAGAGGUGGAGUAAAGUGAAGGAGAGGCUGGAGACAGACCCCAGAUACAAGGCUGUGGAGAGCUCGGCACUGAGAGAAGAACUUUUUAAACAGUUCAUGGAAAAACAAGCCAAGGUCAGAGCACUUCUCUUGACAGCUCCAAGAUUCCUGUGCCAAAUGAAACAUGCGGCUGACGACCUGUUUUCCUCAACAGAAUGUAGACAUCGAGAAGGAGCGAGAGCUGGAGCGGCAGGCUCGUAUCGAGGCCAGUCUGAGAGAGAGGGAGCGGGAGGUGCAGAAAGCUCGAUCGGAACAGACCAAAGAGAUCGACCGAGAAAGAGAGCAGCACAAGAGAGAGGAGGCCAUCCAGCAUUUCAAAGCUCUCAUGUCCGAUAUGGUGAGAUCCUUCACAGCUUUGAGACACCCACACACACAAGGCUGGGGGUUUAUUACAUUUAAAGGGUUUUCAAGAGAAAAGCUCAUUGCUGUCUGUAGUUACUGAAGACCCAGAAAUUAGCGGAAAGCAGAACCACAAAUAGUUAAAGUAGUAACAGUCAAGUUUUGUUGAAUACUUAGGAUUCUGAAGGACUCUGUAUCAUCUAACCAAAGCAGGAGAUCAACAACACAACACAACGAAACGAUGAGCAGUACGAGUCGAGUUUACGUGUUUGUUUCGUUUGUCCGUUCCUCAGGUUCGCUCCUCCGAUGCAACCUGGUCAGACACACGGCGCAACCUGCGGAAGGAUCACCGCUGGGAGUCGGCGUCUCUGCUGGAGAGGGAGGAGAAGGAGAAGCUGUUCAACGAACACGUGGAGGCGCUGGCCAAGAAGAAGAAAGAACAUUUCAGGCAGCUACUGGACGAAACGAGCAUGGUGAGAAGGAGAAAUACAAGUUUGGAUUUGUGUUCAUCAUUCCAGAUCAGCUGGAUCUGUUUGAGUCGACGUCUGUGUGUCUGACGGGUUGUUCACUCUUGUGUUGUAGAUCACGCUGACGACCACAUGGAAGGAGGUGAAGAAGGUUAUCAAAGAGGACCCUCGCUGUAUUAAGUUCUCCUCCAGUGACAGAGUAAGAUGAAAAAAAACAACUACAGUUCUGUGAUUUUGUGAGUUUCUGUGUGGAUGUCUGAUGUGGAUCAUCUCUGUGUGUAGAAGAGACAGCGGGAGUUUGAAGAUUACAUCAAAGACAAGUACAUCACGGCCAAAGCUGACUUCAGAACCCUGCUGAAGGAGACCAAGUUCAUCACAUACAGGUCUGAACAAAAUCUGGGUUACUGCACACCAGAUGGAGCUAAAUGCAGUAUAGCUUUAUCAGUGGAGAUAAUCUUCCUGUUGUUUUGGGACACUCAGCUUGUGCCACUCCUCUACUUAUCCGCAUGUUUUAACACCUUAAUUAAAAGCCUAAAUCUCUGACUUUAAGGCGGUUUUGUUUGCAGAAGAUCAUCACAGUUUCACCAACCUCAUCAUGUUUUCCCACCAGGUCGAGGAAGCUGAUCCAGGAGUCGGAGCAACAUCUGAAAGACGUGGAGAAAAUCCUCCAGAACGACAAGCGGUACCUCGUCCUGGAGUGUGUCCCGGAGGAGCGAAGGAAGCUCAUCAUGUUCUACAUUGAAGACCUAGACCGCCGUGGCCCACCACCUCCACCCACUGCCUCUGAACCCACCCGGCGCUCCACCAAGUGACCAAUCACAUCGACUUCUCGACCAGUGCCCUACUCCUCUUUCCCUCCGCCUUCCCCACGGCCAGAGCAUGACCUCCCCUGAACCUCCUCCUCCUCCUCCUCUUCCUCUUCCUCCUCCUCCUCCUCCUCCAGGCUCUCAGCCAGCCUCACAGUGUUUUGAUUGCUGAGGGGUCUUGUUGCUUAGAGAUGUACCGCAGAGAUGAACAGUAAAGGUCUCUGUGUUAUGUCCCCUCUUAGCCCUGUGUUAAACGCAACAGCAGGGAACGGAGGCUACCUGAUUUAGAGGUGACCUUUGACACCUCACCUCUGACUGACCACAUGACAGGGAGAGGGAUAACGGCGAGGCUGCAGAGCGAGCAGCCGCAGAGGUGUAAGAUAGCUGAUGUAAAUGAGUAUGAGUCUGAGUGUGCGAUUGAUUGACGGUGUGUGCGUGCGUGCAUGUGUCUGAGGCGUCCUUAAGCCUUACUGCUCCACUGUGCCAGUCAUUGUUUCAGCGGCUCAGUGUGAAUGUUCGUUUCUGCUCAGUGGUUUACUCAGAUGUCGCAGCGAUUUCUUUGUUGAAUGAAAUAAAAGCAACUUCCACUGUUUUUCAA